AUGACUUCAUCCAACCGUUCCCCUUUCAAAAACCCUCAAGCCAGUACAUAUCAACUGCCGCCCUCCCAAGUUAUAAAUUCGUCGAAUAUCCGUAAAUUCCACCAAUCUCUCCCCUCAUAUUCCGUUUCGCCCCUCAUCCUUCUUCCUGACAUUGCCAAAGCUCUCGGAGUCAAAGCAGUCUUCAUUAAGGAUGAGAGUAGCAGGUUUGGGUUGCCUUCCUUCAAAAUCUUAGGCGCUUCCUGGGGAACUUUCUGCGCUUUGACCGAGCAUCUAAAAUUGUCCCCAGAAAAUACCAGUUUAGCCGAACUUGCGGAGGCGGCGAAAGCUAACAGUGUUAAACUAUUUGCGGCAACGGAUGGUAACCAUGGACGGGCAGUAGGGAGGAUGGCCAAACUUCUAGGAAUUGCGGCAACCAUCUACGUUCCUGGUUUAUUGGAUAGCUAUACCCAAAAUUUGAUUGCUACUGAAGGAUGUGAAGUUAUCCCUAUAAACGGUGACUAUGAUACCACUGUUCGCGCGGCAAGCGAGCAGGCGAUGCUACUUCCAAAUGGAAUUUUGAUUCAAGACACAUCUUUUGAAGGAUAUGAAAAGAUACCGGCGUGGAUCGUGGAAGGAUACUCCACGAUGUUGGACGAGAUCGAUUCCCAGCUCCACGAUAUGUCUCUAAAGCCUACACUUCUCGUCACGCCUGUCGGUGUUGGCUCGCUCGCACAAGCCGUUGUUGCCCAUUGCAAGUCUACUAAACCGCCAAUUUCCGUCGUCACCGUGGAGCCAGACACUGCAGCCUGUCUCCAUACCUCGUUAACGGCCGGGAAAAUCAUCCCGCUUCAAACAACCGGGACCAUCAUGAGCGGCCUCGAUUGCGGAACCGUGUCUUUUACCGCCUGGCCUAUGCUUCAAGCCGGAGUGGAUAUCAGUACAAUGGUAUCAGACCUCGAGGCCCAUCGCGCCGUGGAACUUCUCGCAGCUCAGGGCGUCAACUUGGGUCCAUGUGGUGCUGCUACGCUGGCCGCUAUUGAGAGCAUUUCUACUUCCAAUCCGAGCAUUCUCAGCUUAGAUUCCGUGGUGGUAUUACUAGGUACAGAAGGGACUCGACCAUAUAUAGUCCCUGUGUCACCGGUAUCCUGA